ACAAUGUGUUCUAAAAAUUUUCCACAGAUUUUCAUAAUUUUAAGUACUGUAUUAGGAGUAUCAUUAAGUAGUUAUUCAACAGGAAAAUGUGAAGGAAAUGGAUUGAAAUUGAAAUAUUUAUGGGGCGAUGCCAUGACUGACAAUGCAGAUUGUAUAGGACCGAUGAAUAAACCUUAUCCGAUGGCAGCUGUAGCUCGGUCAUUUCGAAAUUCAAAUCCAUGGAUGGGAAACAGUCGAACUGGACGAUCAUCACCACAAAAAACAAUUGAUCCAAAUUUAAUGCGACAAGUGUUACUAGAUAAUUAUGAAAAUAUAAACGCCGAAACUGAAGUAGAAACUAUCAGAAAAGGUCGAGCUGCUGCCAUGAAUUCAAAGUGCCCAACAAAUAAUCCAUCGCAAAGAUUAUGUAAAACACGUUACAAUACAACAGCUCCAAUGUAUGGUGUUUCUCUAACAUCUGGACAACCAGUUACAAUUGUUCAAAAAUUCCCGGAUUUACUGCAACAAGUGGUUUUUGAAGUUUGCGAAUCUUCUGAAUGUUCCGUGUUACGUGGAGAAUGUACUCAAACAUACGUACCGUAUUUAUUCUUAGUAAUCCCACUUGGACCAGUUACAUUAACCGGACAAGAUUACGUAUUGGUAGAAAGUGGAUGUGUAUGUCGACCUAAAGAUACUUUAUCAUAUUCGGAUACGUCAUCUGCGGAUGCCAUUGCCGCUGUUGUGCCACAAGGAUAAUAUUUUUAAAAAAAUAUAUAUUUAAGAAAUUUUU